AUAACAGAAGGGUUUGACUUUCUGGUGUUAUGACUUAUGGUCAUGUUUCAGGCAUAAAAUAGUCCAUAAAUAACAUCAUCAUUGAUUUAACUAUUAAACAUGUCCUUUUCCACCUGCAAUGUUUUACAUGUCCUCUGAAACCAAACAAAUAAUUAUUCACAUUGGUCUAUUUAAUAACUAACAUCCUUGCACCUAAUCAUAUAUCAGAAAACUUCAGGGAUAUUCUUUAUUUUCGAGUUUUGAAAGGGAGACUUGGAGUAAUAAAGUGGUGUCCAUGUGACCAGAAGGUCACGGGUUUUUGGUAGAAAUGCAAGGAAAGGCUGCAUACAAUUGACCCUUGUGGUCGGGUCCUUCUCCAUAGAGGGAAUUUUAGUGCACCGGAUUGCCCUUCAUUUUCGAGUCUUCUGCCGAUGUAAGAAACUGCUUUCUCGAGAAUGGCAUUAAUUUAUAUUGUAUCCACAUAGUUUAGUUGCUACAUGAACCUUCCAAGAUAGAUAGAAUAGACAAGCCUCAAAUUCUGUUGAUUUUUCAUGAUAUGCUUCAAGGAAAGCUUUUUUGUUUGUUUGUUUGUUUAACCAUUCUCCGCAGUCCACUGGCCUGAUUAAUCCAGAUUUGUCGUAUAGCAUGGCUAGCACGAUUAGAAAGCUAAUCGCAGUCCUUGUAAUUCUUUCUCUAUGUCAUUUAAUCAUGAAUCCGAUUUGCUUAGCAAUCGAUAUUAUAUCGAUGAAUCAACAAGUUAUUGAUGGUGAAACUGUAGUUUCAGCAGGAGGUAUCUUUGAGCUUGGCUUCUUCAGUCCUAAUGGAUCCAUAGGGCGAUAUGUAGGGAUAUGGUACAAGGGAUUACCAGUUGAAAAAGUUGCAUGGGUUGCAAACCGUGAAAGACCGUUAAUUGGAUCAAAUGGAGUUCUUAUGAUUAAUGCAAGCAACGGAAAUUUGGUCCUCGUGGAUGAUAAAAAUGUGUCGGUCUGGUCAACGCGAUUAGUUAAUUUGAUAUCCAACAACACAGUUGCUGUAUUGACUGAUCAGGGGAACCUUAUUCUUCGCUAUCAGAACAAGUUGAACGAAUCUGUACCAUUAUGGGAGAGCUUCAAUCAUCCAUCUGACGCGCUCUUGCCUCGUAUGAAGAUAGGGUUGAAUACUAGGACAGGGGAGCAAAUACUUGCCACGUCUUGGAAAGAUGAUAAAGAUCCAUCCCUGGGAAGUUUUCGCACUGCGGUGAUGGAUCCUCAGGAACUUCUGCAAGUUCUUAUAUUGAAUGGCUCGUUGAAGCAUUUCAGAUCGGGGCAGUGGAACCGGAGAAACUUCAUAGGAGUGCCUAGCAUGACUAAAGACUACCACAAUGGCUUUCAACUACUCACGGAUAAUAACGGGGAGGAACUUUAUUUUUCUUAUGCCUUACACAGUUACUCAGCUCCAACAUUGAUAUACUUUGAUUCCUAUGGAGCGAUAAUUCAAAUGGAUUGGGAUGCAAAAGAGAAUAAAUGGUUAAGGGUGCAAGUUGUACCAAAAGGUAAAUGUGACUUAUAUAACACGUGUGGUCCUUUUGGAAGCUGCAACAACAAUGAUUCACCAAUAUGCAACUGUUUGAAGGGUUAUGAGCCAAAGUACAUCGACGAAUGGAACAAAGGGAAUUGGACUAGUGGUUGUGUCCGCAAAGCACAGUUCCAGUGCGAAGAGAUGACCACUAGUGCGAAUUCUGAUGAUGAGAGAAAGAGGGGGGAUGUGUUUUUACCAGUUUCAGGGAUGAAACUACCAGAUUUCUCACAUUACCUACUUACUUGGGAUAAAAUGGAAUGCGAAAAUUCUUGCUUGAAGAACUGUUCUUGCUUGGCGUAUGCGUAUGUGGAUGGAAUAGGCUGCAUGAUUUGGGGAAAAGAACUUAUUGACCUCCAAGAGUUCUAUCGCGGUGGAGAGCAACUAUACAUUCGCCUCGCACAUUCCCAACUUGAUAAGAGUAGUCAAAUGGGAGCCCGUAUUGCAAUUAUCGUUUCAGCAACAGUUGGCCUAAUUCUUAUUGUUUGCGCUAUAUAUGUAUUGAAGAUCAGGAAAAAAGGCAUUGGAAGUUUAAUCACUUUUCGCAUAGCUUCAACUCAGUCUUCAGAAGCAAAUUUGCUUCAUAACAAUCUUACUCGGGGUAGCAGUUUGGAAUUACCUGUUUUCAGCUUCAAGUGCAUAGAAAAUGCUACGAAGAACUUUUGUACUCGAAAUAAACUUGGAGAGGGGGGAUUUGGACCUGUUUACAAGGGGGUAUUAUCAAAUCGACAAGAAGUUGCUAUUAAAAGACUUUCGAGGAGUUCAGGCCAAGGCAUAGAAGAGUUCAAGAAUGAGAUUACACUAAUUUCCGGACUUCAACACAGAAACUUAGUCAAACUGAUGGGAUUUUGCAUUCACGGGGAAGAAAAGUUGCUGAUCUAUGAAUACAUGUCCAACAGAAGCUUAGAUGUUUUCAUAUUCGGAUCAAGAUCUAAUGAUAAGGCAGCGUUGAGUUGGAAUGAACGGUAUAGCAUCAUUGAAGGGAUAGCUAGAGGGCUUCUUUAUCUGCAUCGUGAUUCAAGACUAAAAAUCAUUCACAGAGAUCUUAAGACUAGCAAUAUUCUUUUAGACGAAGAUAUGAAUCCAAAAAUCUCUGAUUUUGGAAUGGCUAGGAUUUUCGGAGGGAAUCAAACUAUAGCAAAUACCAACAAGAUUGCCGGUACCUAUGGUUACAUGUCCCCUGAAUAUGCAAUACAAGGAAUUUUUUCCGAGAAGUCUGAUGUCUUCAGCUUUGGUGUCAUAUUGUUAGAGAUUAUCAGUAGUAAAAGAAACAGCAGCUAUUGUCACUCAGAAGACUCUUUCAACCUCCUGGACCAUGCAUGGCAACUGUGGAAUGAAGGCAAGAUACUGGAGUUCCCGGAUCCGAAGGUGGUUGGUUCACUUGAAACACCAACACAAGUUGUUAGAUGCAUCCUUGUGGGCUUGCUAUGUGUGCAAGAACAUGCAAAUUACAGGCCAAAUACAGCUACUAUUGUUUCUAUGCUCUGCAGUGACACAGUUCUUCCUUCGCCUAAGCGACCGGCAUAUAGCUGCAAAGACAGAAGCUUUGAUGAUCCAAAUCUUUCACCUUGGUCCAGAAAUUUCGUUACUAUUUCAAAUGUUGAAGGACGUUAACAUUAAUUUAUCUGUUUGGGACCUUCAAUGUGCUUAGUAUCCUUGAAUGCAUUUGAUGUCAAUUUCUAUAGAAAUUGACAUGGCGUAUUCGAACCAAUCAUAUACUUUAUUGAGAUAGGCAGAAUUUUCCCUCCAAGAACCGUAUAUGAGACUUUUAUUUUGUACAACUUGAGCACAAACACCCAAGUAAUAGUUGCAACAUUGGUGAUAUUGGUCUUGUAUAGUUUGUUAGAACAAUUAAGGUGUAUGUAUGUAGUUUGCAGCUUCCAUUUGAUAUUUAUUGGAGUUGCUUGACUUUUAUAUUGUCAUUACAUGUAAUAUUUUUUAUGUCCUAGUUGAUGUGCGUGACAAUGUUA